CAUCAAUCAAAAAAAUCAUUUAGUCGUCAAAAUGGCGUUAAUCAUGUCGAUUGUGUCGGUCGCGAUUUCGAUAUUGUACACACCGUUUCUUCUCUUAAUUCUAUGCGUUAUUUUCCUAGCAUCUAUUGGCAAAUCACUAGGAGUUAGAAGACUAUAUGUCAACAUUCUUCUCAAGCUAUUCGAGUACGGUCGGCAGCACAUUGAGGUUGCGAGGAAGAUUACCCGUAGCGACAGCAGCGAAGACGAGAACGAUGAUGAACCGCUUGUACCAGACAAACCGCCGUCUGCCAUCAUCAAGGAAAAUGGCAGUAAUGGCACCAAGAUGACCGUGAUAGAAAGAGAGGAGAUUCUCGGUCCCUCUCCAGAGCUGAACUACAAGAGGAGUUCCAGCCAAGAGCGAGUCGCGCACAAGGAGCUAAAAAACGAGGUAAACCUCGAGUUCCACCUGUCACACUCGAUGGACCUGGUCAAGGCCGGCAUGGAGUCCAUCAUAGAGGACCAGGUCACGUCCGUCUUCGAAGCUGAGGAGUUGAGGAGUUGGAACUUGCUCACUAGGACUAACAGACAAUAUGAGUUCCUAACGUGGCGGUUAACAAUAAUUUGGGUAAUGGGUUUCAUAGUUCGAUAUAUGUUCCUGUUGCCGCUUAGGAUAUUAAUCUUCGUUAUUGGGGUAUUGACGAUGAUAAUACUGACAACGCUGGUCAGCUGUUUGCCCAGUGGACGCCUACGCCUAUUUUUUGGAGCCAUAUCAUACAAAAUGUCCAUAAGAAUACUUAUACGGAGUCUGUCCUGUGUUGCCACAUUUCACAACACGGAGCACAUGCCGAAAAAGAACGGGUUCUGUGUUGCCAACCACACGAGCCCGAUCGAUGUUGCCGUACUGAGCAUUAACAAUUGUUUCUCUUUGAUUGGUCAGAGACACGGUGGAUUUCUAGGUUUAUUGCAAAGGGCGCUGGCUAGGGCUUCGCCCCACAUUUGGUUCGAGAGGUCUGAGGUCAAAGACAGACAUGCAGUCGCAAAGAGGCUGGCGUUGCACAUAUCUGACCCGCACAACCCUCCUAUACUCAUUUUCCCUGAAGGCACAUGUAUUAAUAACACAUCAGUGAUGCAGUUUAAGAAGGGCAGCUUCGAAGUGGGCGGCACAAUAUACCCUGUCGCGAUCAAGUACGACCCCCGCUUCGGCGACGCGUUCUGGAACAGCUCCAGGUACGGUAUGCUGCACUACCUGCUCAACAUGAUGUCGUCGUGGGCCAUCGUCUGCGACGUCUGGUACUUGCCAGCGAUGCACCGCGCGGAGACAGAGUCUGCGGUGGAUUUCGCGAACAGAGUGAAGGCCGUGAUCGCGCGCCGCGGCGGCCUCGUGGACUUGCAGUGGGACGGCCAACUGAAACGUAUGAAAGCUAAGAAAGAAUGGAAAGAGCUACAGCAAGAAGAGUUCAGUAAAAGAUUAAAAGGAGAAUAAAAAUGCGCGUACGGCGCAACAGUGAUUAUGUAACGCGAUUUUAAUACUUGUGAUUUUUGUGGAAAUGUGAUAAUUUAAAACGCGUACAAAAUAACAGUGAACGGAACGAGUAUUUUAUUGUGAUAUUGUUGGGGUAACGCGUAUCGGAUAACAGGUAUAUACGAUGUUAGUAUAAGUGAGAUACUUGUUUUCAACGCGUAUUUUGGAACAGUGACAGUGUUCUGUUUAAUGAUGUGUUGUGAUUCGGUGCAAGAGUUAAAGCUAAGAACGAGACCAAUUGGAUGCCUAAUUAAGUAUUUUUAUAGUAUUUUAUUUUUAUACUUCUAACCCUUAUGUAUGCCAAAUACGGAAGGUGUUUUACCGGUUGUGGCAAACAUUCUAAAUUUGUAAAUUACGCAGUAGGUCGCAGAACGUAACUUUCGCAAAAUGACAUCUAUUCUAAUUCUAAUAUUAUAAAUGCGAAAGUAAGUUUGUUUGUUGCCUCUUCACGCACUAUCUACUCAACCAAACUUCUUGAAGUUUUGCAUAAUAUGUAGUUUGAAGUAUGGAGAAGGACAUAGGGUAGGUACCCUAUAAUUCCGAGACGUAAAGGUUUACGUCUCGGAAUAUUAACGCGGGUGAAGCAGUGGGCAAAAGCUAGUCUUGAAUAAUUUGGUCACGUUUACGCUUCUUCAUCUGCCCUUUGGAUAUUCGGCAGUAGAUUUAGUUUUAAGUAAAUUUUUCGAUAAGUGUUGUACAUUAUCUGAAAUUGAAUAAAGAAUUUUGAAUUUGAACGGUGUCAUUUGAAAAACCUCAUUUUGGCAGGACAUAUUUCUUUCCUAAGAAAAUUAUGCUACUGCAAUUAUAAUUGGGUACUGUUACGUACGGUACCCUAGUUAUUCACAAAAAAUAUAGAGCAUAUUUCCACUAAGUAUUCUUUGAUUUCUUUUUAAUGAAUAAUAGGGUUAAACUAUGUAAAUUAAAACAACAUAAUUUGAUGAAUAUGACGUCUUAAAAACGUUAUAACGUUAAAGUGAUAUUAUGCUAAAGCGGACAAAUUUUCCGCGAUGAUAUUAUGCGAAAGAGACGUUUUGCUCCAAUACCGCGUGGUCUUUCGGCCUAUAACGUUUGUAGUUUUGUACUCUCGUAGCUAUGAAACUUGUGCAAGCGUCUUUUGGUCUUGUUCUGAAGCUAAACAUAUACCGCGAUAAACGAAUGCCCUUCUCACACGAUGCGUAAGAUUAUUGUGGAAACUUAAAGGAAAAUAUCGUGUGGAAACCUGCACAAUGUUAAUCUUUUAUAUAAUCUCUCUCUCAUUUGAGCGAUUUUCUGGUUUCCCCCGCAGUAGCUGAGCAUCAGAGCCCAUAAUAAUAAUAAGUAAUUUUAAUUAUAGUCGUAUUCUACAUUCUUUAUUGGCAUAAUAUGGAUUCGAAAUAGCAGAUAACAAUAUUGCCGAAAUUGUACUUUAAAGCCAAAAAAACAACUUUCGUGGUAAUAUUAAUUGAGUGGUUUACUAAAUCAGUAAAUAAUCGUAUAAGCCAUGUCACAUGCAUUUAGAUGACUCGAAUAAAAAAGUCACACCCGUAUUGGGCAUAACUAAGAAAAAUAUAAAUUAGAAAAGUGCCUUCACAUGCACUUUUCACGUCAUAUUCUAAACUAUGUAACAAUUCUUCAAGCUAGAAACUGUUAGCAUCAUAAGGAAAAAUAUCGUGUAUAAUAUCUAUAAGAGUUGAAAACGAAUUUUUAAACGAAAUAAAUUUUUCGCCAAAGAUUGGUUCUUCAAAUUUCAACAAAGACAAGCAACCUUUUACUAUCCUUAUUUAUAAAUAAUAAUCACUGUUGUGUGUAAAAUUUAAAUAACAUUUGAUUUUCAAUAUUUUAGAAUGGAAUUAUCUUUAAAGAAUAUCUUUAUUUUGAAGGAUGAUAACAUUCAAAACACUCGAAAAUUCACCCACUUGGGUGGGGGGAUUCACUCUCGUGCAAUCAACAGCACAUCAAGUUACUCUGCAUGAGCCUCUAUGGCGCGGUAAUAGCGACGAGUUUGCAAUUAAUUUGGGUAGGUUGAUGUGCUGUUGUCUGUACUAUAUAUGCUCACGUACGAGUGGACUACGAUCUGUGUGCGAAGGGCCUUACUUCAAUUCCCGCUGUAUGUUGCCUUGCGUCCAGAAAUGUCAAACUUUUGUAUAUUAUUUUUUGUAAAUAAUGUAUCAUUUCUAUAAAUUAUAAAAUGAAGUGUGACUGAUUUUAAGACAUGUAAUGUCGUAUAAUUGAAUAGUAGGAAUUUGUGAAUUAUAAGAAUAACCAAAUUGUUGUUUACA